UCCGCGCAGAGGCCAGUAGACGGGGUAGUGUCAAUACUACAACAAACAAACAAAACAAAACAAAAAACAACAACACUGGGACAGUUUUAAAUUCCUCAAGUAUAAAAAGGGAACUAAGGUUGCAUCACGUAUAAAAGAGCUCUGCGAGGAACGGCAACAUGUUCACUUGGGUAAAUAAGGAACAGGGUGGAAGGAACAAGGAGGGAGACAUGUUUCAAACGGUGACUGAAGGACUUCAGAGUCUUUAUGCUAAAAAACUUCUGCCUUUGGAGGAGACCUACCUUUUCCAUGACUUCCACUCACCGGCGCUGGAGGAUGCGGACUUCCAGAACAAACCUAUGGUCCUGCUGGUCGGACAGUAUUCCACAGGGAAGACCACUUUCAUACGGUAUCUUCUGGAGCAAGAUUUUCCGGGGAUGCGAAUUGGCCCCGAACCAACGACAGAUGGAUUCAUAGCUGUAAUGUAUAAUGAGAACGAGGGAAUUGUUCCUGGAAAUGCUUUGGUUGUGGACCCCAAGAAACCUUUCCGCAAACUCAAUGCAUUUGGAAAUGCCUUCUUAAACAGGUUCAUCUGCUCACAAAUGCCCAACCAAGUUCUGCAGAGCAUUAGCAUCAUUGACACGCCGGGGAUUUUGUCUGGUGAGAAGCAGCGCAUAAGCAGAGGCUAUGAUUUCUCUGAGGUUCUGCGCUGGUUUGGAGAGCGAGUGGACCGUAUCAUUCUCCUCUUUGAUGCCCAUAAGCUAGACAUAUCUGAUGAAUUUUCUCAAGCGAUCAAAGCUUUCCGUGGGCAAGAUGACAAAAUCCGUGUGGUACUGAACAAGGCCGAUCAGGUGGACACUCAGCAGCUAAUGCGGGUUUAUGGUGCGCUGAUGUGGUCUCUGGGGAAGGUGAUCAAUACUCCAGAGGUGGUGAGGGUCUAUCUCGGCUCUUUUUGGGCCAAACCUCUUCAAAAUGCAGAGAACCGGCAUCUGUUUGAAGCCGAAACACAAGAUGUCUUCAGAGACAUCCAGAGUUUGCCUCGCAACGCUGCCCUGCGUAAGCUGAAUGACCUCAUCAAAAGAGCUCGUCUUGCUAAGGAGCAACUGCAACACUACGACUUCAGCAAGUUCCCUUCUUUGAAGGUGAAGUUGAUUGAAUCUGUGGACAGAAUGUUGUCCACCAAGAUCUCAAGCCUGAUGAACAUGAUCCGAGAGGAAGAAAGCAAGCAGCCUACUCAGAUGGUAAUGGGUGGAGCCUUUGAGGACUCGUCCGACGGGCCUUUCGGCCACGGCUAUGGUGAGGGUAUCAGUGCAGGGGCUGAUACUGAGGACUGGAUUGUGAGUCGCGACAAACAUCGCUACGAUGAAAUCUUCUACACACUGAUGCCUAUCAAUGGGAAAGUAACUGGCAUCAAUGCCAAGAGGGAGAUGAUGAAUUCUCGUCUGCCCAACACUGUACUGGGAAAGAUCUGGAAGCUGGCAGACUGUGAUAAGGACGGCAUGCUGGAUGAUGAAGAAUUUGCUCUUGCUCAGCAUCUUAUUAAAAUCAAACUGGAGGGAUUUGAGCUUCCUAUAGAGCUUCCAAAUCACCUAGUACCUCCAUCGCACAGAAAGGACCCCACUGCAGACAUCUUGUACAACCACCAGGAGGAUUGAUCACAUUCAUAUCUGUAUAUUUAUCAGCCAGCUGCUAGCACAAAGUGGCCUUUGAAUAUUGAAGUCUUACUUCAUUGAAAGGGAUGAAGUUUUAUUGGUUAAGCCAUCUUUCAUCUUCAGCAGUGCUGUUAAAAUUAGACAUGUAUGACUUUAACAUGCCUAAGAUUGAGUAUGUUUUAAUAUAAGUGCACUAAUUCAGUGUUUUGAAAGACAUACAUAUUUUUGAAAGGCAUACAAAUUUAAAUUACAGCCCAUAUAAUUGUGAUUACUUCUAAAUCCAUGACCUUGUUAUUUCACCAUGUGCUUGCAGAUUGUGAAAAUGGAUGGCAGUGCAGUUUCAAUAUUAUAUUACAUUUCAUAUUAAAUAACAAUUUUGGUUAAGUAUGCAUGACAGCAGCCAAAAAAAUACCCAUACAUGACACACUAUCACAGAAGCACUGACAGAAGUAUCCAUUCAUUUCACUCAUUCUGACAGAGUGUGAAUAUCUAUUAAAUUAAUUUCGAAACACACAUUCUUUUUUUUUUUACUUUAAUCUUUUCCUUGAAUGUACAUUUUUGUAUGAACUGGAAAAAAAUACUACAUACAGGGUUUACAGGGUCCUUAAAAUGUCUUACAUUUAGUUCUAGCCUAUUGAAUUUAAGGCCAUAAAAAGUCUUAAAUGUUACAAGCAAGUUUUAAUUAUGAUUUCAAGAGGUCCUAAAUUUGUGGACGGAAAGACUAGAAUUGUGAUAUGGCUGAAUGUGACUAUUAAACUUCAAAAGGCUUUGAUUUCAUUAAAUAAACAUGAGAAACCACUAUAUUUCUGCCUUUUCGAAAGUGCCUCCUGCUGGCAGAAAAUGAAUUUGCAUUUUCAA